AUGUCGCAGGACGUAAUUUCGUCUCAUGAGCAGCUCUCCAUGGAUGAGAUCACGAGCCCUCUCACCGCACAAAUCUUCGAUUUCUGCGAUCCACAGUUAUUUCAAGAGACCUUUAAUCAAACUUCCGAAGUGACCUCUGCUUCAAACUGUUGUAGCUAUGUCGAAAACAGCAACAACAAUAACGUUCCAGACAAAUCCAACAGCGGUUCGAAUCAAGACCAUGAAGACAACAACGGGGACUUAUCGAUUAUAUUCGAUUCACAAGAAGAUUUCGAUAACGAUAUCACAGCUUCUAUAGAUUUCUCUUCUUCUAUUCAGUUCCCAGUCUCUGAUCAGCUUCAAGAUCAGUUUGAUUUCACCGGAGUUCAACUUCAUCAGCCUCAGAACAUGCUCUACUCUUCCUCUUCUUGUGAUCCUCUGCCUCCUCCUUUAUCAGUUUUCGAAGAUGAUUGUCUUUCUUCUAUCCCAAGUUACAAUCUUGGCUCCCUAAACCCUACUUCCCCUUUCUUGGGUAAUUCCGGUUUACCAGCUUACAUGGCUGUAACCAAGAAUAUGAUGAACACCGGUUUAGCCGUUGAGAGAUCUGGUUUUUACUCCGGUUUUGGUUCUGAUUUUAAACCGUUGAUGGAAAUCCAGGCUGAUAACGGUGGAAUGUUCUGCCAAGAUUCGAUUAAACCCAUCUUCAAUCCAGGAGAUCAUCAUCUCCAGGCACUUGAAGGUGGCGAAAACCAGAACCACCUGCCCAAACCGGUAGGAACAGAAAUAACCGGUUUAGAUGACGCGAGUCUCAAUAAAGUCAGCAAACUCACAGCUGAGCAGAGGAAAGAAAAGAUUCAUAGUAUGCAUGUAGGAAGACAUUGGCAGAUAGUCGUCCAAGAGUUAGAGGAAGAUUUGCAAAGAACGAUGAAUUUUCUGAACCACAUAGACAAGCUUCAUCAAGCCAUCGCGAAGAAGACGAUGAUGAUGUAA